UUCUUCUGAUGAAUGUAAUUUCAUGUGUGGUGAUGGCGACUGUCUUGCAUCCGAAAAAGUAUGCAAUGGCGAAAACGAUUGCCGAGACUUCUCAGACGAAGAUCGAUGCCCCCAGUGCACCGAUCUUCAGUUCCCACGAUGUGAAGAAGUACUAUCAUACGAUCGGACUUACUUCCCAAACCCAUCAACCCAAGACCGUGAUACUGCAAUCAGUGUGAUUGAAGAAACAACCAUCAUGGAAGAAUGUCAUGAAGACUUUCUGCUUCUCUUCUGUGGUAUGCUUUUUGCUGACUGUCCGCAUGGCGGUCCUUCUCGACGCCCUUGCAGGAGCCUAUGUGAAGAGGUCACACAUGCUUGUCGGGAAUCAUACAUGGAAUCGAUGAAUGCAGAUUGGCCAAUAGAUUGUAGACAACUGAGUGAUGACGAAAAUGUUGACAAUGAUUACUGUACUGGAGGAGAAGGCGAUCUAACGGACGAAGGUAUAUGCGGCACCCGUCCUGCAGUAGAUGACUAUCACUCUAGAAUAGUGGGAGGAGUUGAUGCUGAUCUAGGGGAAUUCCCUUGGAUCGCUACUGUUCGAAGGGGCUGGGCUUUCUGCGGUGGUACGUUGAUUAACAACCAAUGGGUCCUGACUGCAGCUCACUGCGCAGAUGACGGGGAGGGUAGUGGAGAUGGCAUGGACCUGAGUGAUUUUGCCGUUACUCUUGGAAUCCGUCACUUAUUUGAACACCCCGACUCCAAGGUGGAGCUGGGGGUCGAUCGAGUAAUCGUGCAUCCUGAUUAUGGUGAUAUCAAUGGAAUAGCAAAUGAUAUUGCACUACUUCGUCUCUCGGAAUCCGUCGAAUUCAAUGAUUAUGUAAGACCAGCUUGCCUAGCAACACUUCAAAAUGAGACAACAGUAUACAGUAGAUGUUGGAUCGCAGGAUGGGGAACUCUGGAAUCUGGAGGUACUAUUUCGAAUGAUCUCCAGAAAGCUUUGGUCCAUCUUAUCGAUCACGACACAUGUCACAAUCUCUACAAUCUCUAUAGUGGAUACAGUAUCGUAGAAGAGGCAGAGAUAUGUGCUGGAUACAUUGAAGGUGGAAUAGAUUCGUGCCAGGGUGACAGUGGAGGACCGUUAACAUGUGAAGGUGCUGAUGGUCGGUGGCAUCUUGUUGGUGCUACUAGUUGGGGUGUCGGAUGUGCUCAGCCUAACUACCCAGGUGUCUACGCCAGGAUCUCCCAGUACACAGACUGGAUUAUGGAUAAUAUAGGAGAUGAAAAUGGUGAAGGAAAUGAUGAGAUUCAAGAGUUUGACUAUGGUCAGACUGUGAUGGUCAUUUCGCCAAAUUUCCCCAACAACUAUGGAAAUGAUGCAAGGAUGGAAUGGCUUGUAUCUGGUCCAGACGAUUCUCAGAUUGUGGCCAUCUUUAACUCUUUUGAACUAGAAUAUAGAUAUGAUUACUUAUAUAUCGGUUUUGGUCUUGAUUUAAACGAUGAAAAUUCACGGCUUGCGAGACUAACGGGUUCUGAUCUACCUGGAGACGUGUUAUCCGUUAACAAUGAGAUGUGGUUGACUUUUACUUCAGACAGCUCCGACACACGACAGGGAUUCUCACUAGAAAUCUCAGCUCUUAAUAGUACAGAUGAGGUCAAUGGCACAGAGAUCAGCAUGUUUGGAUACGGUGAAUCCUUGACAAUCGUUUCACCUAACUAUCCGGAUCCUUAUCCUAACGACGCCAACAUAGAGUGGCUCGUGUCUGGGCCAGCUAAGUACCGGAUUGUCGCCAAGUUUCACGCUUUCGAACUUGAAUAUCGCUACGACUACCUCAGAAUCGGUUCCGGUUUAGAUUCUCAAGAUCCUUCGACUGAGUUGGCUGAUUUGACUGGAUACUCUUUGCCCGAUGACGUUAUUUCUAAUAACAAUCAUAUGUGGUUGAUCUUUUCAUCUGAUUACUCAGAGAGAAGGACUGGGUUCUGGGUUGAGAUUCACGUGUUUGAAAGUGAUAAUUCAACUGGUGAAUGUGACUUCAUGUGUGGUGAUAGUAGCUGCUUGGAUUCAAAUGACGUAUGUAACGGUGAAAACGAUUGCUCGGAUUUCUCCGAUGAAGAUUUAUGUCCUCAGUGUACCGAUCUUCAAUAUUCAACCUGUGAAGAAGUACUCUCCUACGAUCGGACUUAUUUCCCAAACCCAUCAGCCCAAGACCGUGAUACUGCAAUCAGUAUGAUAGAAGAAACAACCAUCAUGGAAGAAUGUCAUGAAGACUUUCUGCUUCUCUUUUGUGCUAUGCUUUUUGCUGACUGUCCCCAUGGAGGUCCUUCUAGUCGCCCUUGUAAGGCACUCUGUGAUGAAGUCACAGAUGCAUGUCGAGUAUCUUACACCAUAUUGAUGGAUAAAGACUGGCCCAUUGAUUGCAAUCAAUUAAGUGAUGAAGGGAAUGUUGAAGAGGCAUACUGUAAUGGCGGAGAAGGAGAUCUAACAGAGGAAUCCGUGUGCGGUACUCGUCCAGCUGUAGAUGACUAUCAGUCUAGAAUAGUGGGAGGAGUCGAUGCUGAUCUAGGGGAAUUCCCAUGGAUCGCUUCUGUUCGGAUGGGAGGUUAUUUCUGUGGUGGUACUCUGAUCAGCAAUCAAUGGGUCUUGACUGCAGCCCACUGCGCAGAAGGAAUGGUAGCCAGUGAUUUCGUCAUCACCCUCGGAAUUCGCCAUUUGUCUGAUAACCACGAGCAUAAGGAGGUUAGAGGGGCUGACAAUGUCAUCAUGCAUCCAAACUACGGUGCUUUCAAUGGAAUAGCAAAUGAUAUCGCACUACUUCAUCUAUCCGAACCUGUAGAAUUCACUGACUAUGUGAGACCAGCUUGCUUAGCUACUCUACAAAACGAGACGAUGGCAUACAGACGGUGUUGGAUCGCAGGAUGGGGAACUACGUACUCUGGAGGAUCGAUUUCGGAUGAUCUCCAAAAAGCUUUGGUCAAUCUCAUUCAUCCUGACGUUUGCUCUGAGCUGUACGGUGUUUCCAACAUUGUAGAAGAAGCAGAGAUAUGUGCUGGAUAUGUAGAAGGUGGAAUAGAUUCAUGUCAGGGUGACAGCGGAGGACCGCUUGCCUGUGAAGGUGCUGAUGGUCGCUGGCAUCUUGUUGGUGCUACUAGUUGGGGUUAUGGAUGUGCUCUACCUGAUUACCCCGGAGUUUAUGCCAGGAUAUCCCAGUACACCGACUGGAUUAUGAAUAGCAUGCAAAACGAAGGUGGUGAAAAUGAUGACAUUGAAGAAUUUGACUAUGGUCAGACUGUGAUGAUCGUUUCGCCAAAUUUCCCCAACAACUAUGGAAAUAAUGCAAGGAUGGAAUGGCUUGUAUCUGGUCCAGACGAUUCUCAGAUUGUGGCCAUCUUUAACUCCUUUGAACUAGAAUAUAGAUAUGAUUACUUAUAUAUCGGUUUUGGUCUUGAUUCAAAUGAUCAAACUUCACGGCUUGCGAGACUAACGGGUUCUGAUCUACCUGGAGACGUGUUAUCCGUUAACAAUGAGAUGUGGUUGACUUUUACUUCAGACAGCUCCGACACACGACAGGGAUUUUCACUAGAAAUCUCAGCUCUUAAUAGUACAGAUAAUUCAACUGGUGAAUGUGACUUCAUGUGUGGUGAUAGUAGCUGCUUGGAUUCAAAUGAAGUAUGUAACGGUGAAAACGAUUGCUCGGAUUUCUCCGAUGAAGAUUUAUGUCCUCAGUGUACCGAUCUUCAAUAUUCAACUUGUGAAGAAGUACUCUCCUACGAUCGGACUUAUUUCCCAAACCCAUCAGCCCAAGACCGUGAUACUGCAAUCAGUAUGAUAGAAGAAACAACCAUCAUGGAAGAAUGUCAUGAAGACUUUCUGCUUCUCUUUUGUGCUAUGCUUUUUGCUGACUGUCCCCAUGGAGGUCCUUCUAGUCGCCCUUGUAAGACACUCUGUGAGGAAGUCACAGAUGCAUGUCGAGUAUCUUACACCAUAUUGAUGGAUAAAGACUGGCCCAUUGAUUGCAAUCAAUUAAGUGAUGAAGGGAAUGUUGAAGAGGCAUACUGUAAUGGCGGAGAAGGAGAUCUAACAGAGGAAUCCGUGUGCGGUACUCGUCCAGCUGUAGAUGACUAUCAGUCUAGAAUAGUGGGAGGAGUCAAUGCUGAUCUAGGGGAAUUCCCAUGGAUCGCUUCUGUUCGGAUGGGAGGUUAUUUCUGUGGUGGUACUCUGAUCAGCAAUCAAUGGGUCUUGACUGCAGCCCACUGCGCAGAAGGAAUGGUAGCCAGUGAUUUCGUCAUCACCCUUGGAAUUCGCCAUUUGUCUGAUAACCACGAGCAUAAGGAGGUUAGAGGGGCUGACAAUGUCAUCAUGCAUCCAAACUACGGUGCUUUCAAUGGAAUAGCAAAUGAUAUCGCACUACUUCAUCUAUCCGAACCUGUAGAAUUCACUGACUAUGUGAGACCAGCUUGCUUAGCUACUCUACAAAACGAGACAAUGGCAUACAGACGGUGUUGGAUCGCAGGAUGGGGAACUACGUACUCUGGAGGAUCGAUUUCGGAUGAUCUCCAAAAAGCUUUGGUCAAUCUCAUUCAUCCUGACGUUUGCUCUGAGCUGUAUGGUGUUUCCAACAUUGUAGAAGAAGCAGAGAUAUGUGCUGGAUAUGUAGAAGGUGGAAUAGAUUCAUGUCAGGGGGACAGCGGAGGACCGCUUGCAUGUGAAGGUGCUGAUGGUCGCUGGCAUCUUGUUGGUGCUACUAGUUGGGGUUAUGGAUGUGCUCUACCUGAUUACCCCGGAGUUUAUGCCAGGAUAUCCCAGUACAAUGACUGGAUUAUGAAUAGCAUGCAAAACGAAGGUGGUGAAAAUGAUGACAUUGAAGAGUUUGACUAUGGUCAGACUGUGAUGAUCGUUUCGCCAAAUUUCCCCAACAACUAUGGAAAUGAUGCUAGGAUGGAAUGGCUUUUAUCUGGUCCAGACGAUUCUCAGAUUGUGGCCAUCUUUAACUCUUUUGAACUAGAAUAUAGAUAUGAUUACUUAUAUAUCGGUUUUGGUCUUGAUUCAAAUGAUCAAACUUCACGGCUUGCGAGACUAACUGGUUCUCAUCUACCUGGAGACGUGUUAUCCAUUAACAAUGAGAUGUGGUUGACUUUUACUUCAGACAGCUCCGACACACGACAGGGAUUUUCACUAGAAAUCUCAGCUCUUAAUAGUACAGAUGAGGUCAAUGGCACAGAGAUCAGCAUGUUUGGAUACGGUGAAACCUUGACAAUCGUUUCACCUAACUAUCCGGAUCCUUAUCCUAACGACGCCAACAUGGAGUGGCUCGUGUCUGGGCCAGCUAAGUACCGGAUUGUCGCCAAGUUUCACGCUUUCGAACUUGAAUAUCGCUACGACUACCUCAGAAUCGGUUCUGGUUUAGAUUCUCAAGAUCCUUCGACUGAGUUGGCUGAUUUGACUGGAUACUCUUUGCCCGAUGACGUUAUUUCCGAUAACAAUCAUAUGUGGUUGACCUUUUCAUCUGAUUACUCAGAGAGAAGGACCGGGUUUUGGAUCCAAAUCAGUGUGUUUGAAACUGAUAAUUCUACCAACGAAUGUGAUUUCAUGUGCAAUGAUGGCAGCUGUUUAGGAUCUAAAGAUGUAUGCAAUGGUGAAAAUGACUGUGCCGACUUUUCCGAUGAAGAUUUAUGUCCACAAUGCAGUGAUGUUCUUUUCUCACGAUGUGAAGAAGUACUGUCCUACAAUAAGACUUACUUCCCAAACCCAUCAGCCCAAGACCGAGAUACUGCAAUCAGUUUGAUUGAAGAAACAAGCAUCCUGGAAGAAUGUCAUGAAGAUUUUCUGCUUCUCAUCUGUGGUAUGCUUUUUGCUGACUGUCCUCAUGGAGGUCCUGCUCAACGUCCUUGCAAAUAUGUUUGUGAGGAAGUAACAGACGCGUGUCGGGACUCCUUCCAAGGAACAAUGAAUGCAGAAUGGCCGAUUGACUGUAACCAACUUAGUGAUGAAGAUAAUGUUGAGGGAUCUUUCUGUAUUGGUGGAGAAGGCGAUCUCACAGAGGAGUCUAUAUGCGGCACCCGUCCCGCUGUAGAUGACUAUCAGUCUAGAAUAGUGGGAGGAGUCAAUGCUGAUCUAGGGGAAUUUCCAUGGAUUGCUUCUGUUCGGAUGGGAGGUUACUUCUGUGGUGGUACUCUGAUCAGCAAUCAAUGGGUCUUGACUGCAGCGCACUGCGCAGAAGGAAUGGUAGCCAGUGAUUUCAUCAUCACCCUCGGAAUUCGCCAUUUGUCUGAUAACCACGAGCAUAAGGAGGUUAGAGGGGCUGACAAUGUCAUCAUGCAUCCAAACUACGGUGCUUUCAAUGGAAUAGCAAAUGAUAUCGCAUUACUUCAUCUAUCCGAACCUGUAGAAUUCACUGACUAUGUGAGACCAGCUUGCUUAGCUACUCUACAAAACGAGACGAUGGCAUACAGACGGUGUUGGAUCGCAGGAUGGGGAACUACGUCCUCCGGAGGAUCGAUUUCAGAUGAUCUCCAAAAAGCUUUGGUCAAUCUCAUUCAUCAUGACGUUUGCUCUGAGCUGUAUGGCGUUUCCAGCAUUGUAGAAGAAGCAGAGAUAUGUGCUGGAUAUGUAGAAGGUGGAAUAGAUUCAUGUCAGGGUGACAGUGGAGGACCGCUUGCCUGUGAAGGUGCUGAUGGUCGCUGGCAUCUUGUUGGUGCUACUAGUUGGGGUUAUGGAUGUGCUCUACCUGAUUACCCCGGAGUUUAUGCCAGGAUAUCCCAGUACACAGACUGGAUUAUGAAUAGCAUGCAAAACGAAGGGCCUGCAAGUAGCAUGCCACCCGAUGAAUCAACAUCUUUCUCAAUCUCAAUAACCACAAGAGAACAGGCUGCAACAAUGACUUCUCAGAAUAAACACACCCCAAGUUCAACUUCGGAACCUAUAACAGCAGUUGAAGUCACUUUAGGUGAUGAUUUUACGUCACAAUUACCAAUAACGCAGGACCAAACGACAACUGUUGAUAGAGCCACCUCUGGACAAACUACAGAUGAACUGACAAGUACGCCUAUGACAAGUGAUCAAGCGACAGCUAUUCAUUACACACCUACCUCCGUACACGUGACUACAAAGAUUCCAAGUCCCUCUGGUGCGCAAUCAACAGAUGCACCUACAACCCAUUCCACUACAAGGUCAAGAACUACACGAGACAAAACAACAACGGUUUCUGUUACCACUACCCAACCUUCUACCGCCGAACCGACAACAACGUCAACUACAAAGAAUCCAAGUACUACUGGAGCACCAUCAACAAAUGCACCUACAACCCAUUCCACUACACGGUCACCAACUACACAAGACAAAACAACAACUGUUUAUGUUACCACUACCCAACAUUCUACCGCCGAACCGACAACAACGUCAACUACAAAGAAUCCAAGUACCACUGGAGCACUAUCAACAAAUGCCCCUACAACCCAUUCCACUACACGGUCACCAACUACACAAGACAAAACAACAACUGUUUCUGUUGCCACUACCAAACCUUCUACCGCCGAACCGACAACAACGUCAACUACAAAAAACCCAAGUACCACAGGGUCACCAUCAACAAAUGCACCUACAACCCAUUCCACUACACGGUCUCCAACUUCACAAGACAAAACAACAACUGUUUCUGUUGCCAAUAACCAACCAUCUACUGUCGAAUCGGCAACUUCGUCUUCUGUGACAACAAAGAAUUCAAGAACCACUGGGGCACCAUCAACAAAUGCACCUACAACCGAUUCCACUACACGGUCACCAACUACACAAGACAAAACAACAACUGUUUCUGUUACCACUACCCAACCUUCUACCGCCGAACCGACAACAACGUCAACUACAAAGAAUCCAAGUACCACUGGAGCACUAUCAACAAAUGCCCCUACAACCCAUUCCACUACACGGUCACCAACUACACAAGACAAAACAACAACUGUUUCUGUUGCCACUACCCAACCUUCUACUGCCGAAUCGGCAACUUCGUCUUCUGUGACAACAAAGAAUUCAAGAACCACUGGGGCACCAUCAACAAAUGCACCUACAACCGAUUCCACUACACGGUCACCAACUUCACAAGACAAAACAACAUCUGUUUCUGUUGCCAAUACCCAACCAUCUACUGCCGAAUCGGCAACUUCGUCUUCUGUGACAACAAAUAAUUCAAAAACCACUGGGGCACCAUCAACAAAUGCACCUACAACCCAUUCCACUACACGGUCACCAACUUCACAAGACAAAACAACAACUGUUUCUGUUGCCAAUACCCAACCAUCUACUGCCGAAUCGGCAACUUCGUCUUCUGUGACAACAAAAAAUUCAAGAACCACUGGGGCACCAUCAACAAAUGCACCUACAACCCAUUCCACUACACGGUCACCAACUUCACAAGACAAAACAACAUCUGUUUCUGUUACCACUAUCCAACAUUCUACUGCCGAACCGACAACAACGUCAACUACAAAGAAACCAAGUACCACUGGAGCACCAUCAACAAAUGCGCCUACAACCCAUUCCACUACACGGUCACCAACUACACAAGACAAAACAACAACUGUUUCUGUUGCCAAUACCCAACCAUCUACUGCCGAAUCGGCAACUUCGUCUUCUGUGACAACAAAAAAUUCAAGAACCACUGGGGCACCAUCAACAAAUGCACCUACAACCCAUUCCACUACACGGUCACCAACUUCACAAGACAAAACAACAUCUGUUUCUGUUACCACUAUCCAACAUUCUACUGCCGAACCGACAACAACGUCAACUACAAAGAAACCAAGUACCACUGGAGCACCAUCAACAAAUGCGCCUACAACCCAUUCCACUACACGGUCACCAACUACACAAGACAAAAUAACAACUGUCUCUGUCGCCACUACCCAACCAUCUACCGCUGAAUCGACAACUACUUCUGUGACAACAAAGAAUUCAAGUACCUCAUGGCCACCACCUACGACAGAAGUAUCACCAACAAAUACUUCAGGUGAUUUUACCUCACCACAAACAAACACAGUUGAGGGGACCACCAAUGCUGUUAUAACAACCAGUGAAUCGUACACUUCUGAAUCUAUGUCGACACGAUCCCCUAUAUCGUCAGCGGAAGUAACGACAUCAGGUUCUACUGAGGUAUCAACAACGGACGAAAAUUCGACUGGGAGUUCCACUUCUACAGAUUCAUCUUCAGGUAAUUCCACUGAUGAAUGUAACUUCGUUUGUGGAGAUGGGACCUGUCUGGAAUCUGAUGAUGUCUGCAAUGGUGAAAAUGACUGCUCGGAUUUCUCUGACGAAGAUUUAUGUCCCAAAUGCAGUGAUAUCAAUUUCUCACGAUGUGAAGCAGUACUCUCCUACGAUCGGACUUACUUCCCAAACCCAUCAGCCCAAGACCUUGAUACUGCAAUCAGUUUGAUUGAAGAAACAACCAUCAUGGUAGAAUGUCAUGAAGACUUUCUGCUUCUCUUCUGUGGUAUGCUUUUUGCUGACUGUCCCCAUGGAGGUCCUUCUAGUCGCCCUUGUAAGACACUCUGUGAGGAAGUCACAGAUGCAUGUCAAGUAUCUUACGCCAUAUUGAUGGAUAAAGACUGGCCCAUUGAUUGCAAUCAAUUAAGUGAUGAAGGGAAUGUUGAAGAGACAUACUGUAAUGGCGGAGAAGGAGAUCUAACAGAGGAAUCAAUGUGCGGUACCCGUCCUGCUGUAGAUGAUUAUCAGUCUAGAAUAGUGGGAGGAGUCAAUGCUGAUCUAGGGGAAUUCCCAUGGAUGGCUAAUCUUCGGAUGAAUGGUUUCUUGUGUGGUGGUACCUUGAUUAGUAACCAGUGGGUCUUGACUGCAGCUCACUGCGCAGAUGGAAUGGAAGCCAAUGAUUUCAUCAUCACCCUUGGUAUUCGUCAUAUGUUGGAUGAUGAUGAGCAUAAGGUAGUGAGAGGGGCUGACAUGGUCAUCAUGCAUCCAAAUUACCCAGCUAGUAAUGGAAUAGCAAAUGAUAUUGCACUACUCCAUCUAUCCGAACCUGUAGAAUUCACUGAAUAUGUGAGACCAGCUUGCUUAGCUACUAUACAAAACGAAACGAUGGCAUACAGUCGGUGUUGGAUCGCAGGAUGGGGAACUACGUCUGCCGGAGGUUCCAUUUCAAAUAUUCUGCAGAAAGCAUUGGUAAACCUUAUCGAGCCUAACAUAUGUAGCGUGCUGUACAGUGAAUAUGGUAUUAUACCGCAAGCAGAAAUUUGUGCUGGAUACGUCGACGGUGGAGUUGAUUCAUGCCAGGGAGACAGUGGAGGACCAUUAACUUGUGAGGGUUCUGAUGGUCGCUGGCAUCUUGUAGGAUCUACGAGUUGGGGUGUCGGGUGUGCUUAUCCCAAUUACCCAGGAGUUUAUGCCAGGAUCUCGCAGUACACAGAUUGGAUUAAGGAUACAAUGGGAUUUGGAGAUUCUUCCAUUACAAAUAAUGAAGAUGAUGAAGAUCAAGAAGACGAAACUGAAAUCAGUGUAUUUGGUAUUGGCGAAUCCUUGACAGUGGUCUCCCCAAAUUUUCCUGAUAACUAUACAAAUGGAGCACAAAUGCAAUGGCUUGUAUCUGGUCCAGAAGGAUCCAGAAUAGUGGCCAUUAUUCAUUCCUUUGAGCUUGAACACAGACACGAUUACUUAUUAAUCGGUUCAGGUCUUGAUCCAAGCGACCGUACUUCAUUACUUGUGAAACUGUCAGGUUCCAGUUUUCCCGAAGAAGUAGUCUCAAGCAACAAUGAAAUGUGGCUCAAUUUCACAUCAGAUAGCACAAUCACAAGAAAAGGAUUCUGGAUAGAAAUCAUGGUGUUUGGUCUCUCCAACAUUACAGAUAAUUUCACAAGCAAUGAAGUUAGUUUCUUCGGGUUUGGUGAAUCAUUGACCAUCGUAUCACCAAAUUACCCUGACAAGUAUCCAAAUGAUGUUGCUAUGAUCUGGCUUGUGUCUGGACCAGAAGAUUUUCAGGUUGUAGCCAAGUUUUACGCCUUUGACCUGGAAUUACGCCAUGACGUCCUUAGUAUUGGUUCGGGUCUAGAUGCCAGUGAUCAGUCAUCAGAGCUGAUAAGACGUUCAGGUUCUAAACUACCUGAAGAUGUAGUUUCCAUCAACAAUGAAAUGUGGCUAAACUUUACUUCAGAUUAUACCGUCAGGGACGAAGGAUUUUGGAUUGAGAUCACAGUUUUUGGACAAGAUAAUUUUACAGAUGCAGUAAAUGGGAGUGAAGUCAGCACAUUUGGCUACGACGAAUCUUUGACCAUUGUUUCACCUAAUUAUCCGAAUAAAUAUCCAAACGAUGUGAACCUACAGUGGCUUGUUUCUGGACCAGUUGACUACCAAAUAGUGGCUUUCUUCCACGCCUUUAAUCUAGAAUCCGGACAUGACUUCCUCAUAGUCGGUUCUGGGUUGGAUCCGGGGAUCCAGUCAUCGCAGUUAUUCAAAUUAUCCGGCUCGUCAUUACCUGAAGAAGUUAUUUCUGAUAAUAAUGAAAUGUGGCUCAACUUUACAUCAGACAGCUCAAAUAGAAGGACUGGAUUUUGGAUUGAAAUCAAGGUCUAUGAAGCUGGUAAUCCUACUGAUGAUUGUGACUUCAUGUGCGGAGAUGGGACCUGUUUGAAAUCUGAUGAUGUAUGUAAUGGUGAAAACGACUGCUCGGAUUUCUCUGACGAAGAUUUAUGCCCUGAGUGUAGCGAUCUUCAAUAUUCAACCUGUGAAGCAGUACUCUCCUACGAUCGGACUUACUUCCCAAACCCAUCAGCCCAAGACCGUGAUACUGCAAUCAGUUUGAUUGAAGGAACGAGCAUCAUGGAUGAAUGCCAUGAAGACUUUCUGCUUCUCUUAUGUGGUAUGCUUUUUGCUGACUGUCCCCAUGGAGGUCCUUCUAGACGCCCUUGUAAGGCACUCUGUGAGGAAGUCACAGAUGCAUGUCGAGUAUCUUACACCUUAUUGAUGGAUAAAGACUGGCCCAUUGAUUGCAAUCAAUUAAGUGAUGAAGGGAAUGUUGAAGAGACAUACUGUAAUGGCGGAGAAGGGGAUUUAACGAAUGAAGCUACAUGUGGUACCCGACCCGCUGUUGAUGAUUACCACUCUAGAAUAGUUGGAGGAGUUGAUGCUGAUCUAGGGGAAUUCCCUUGGAUCGCAACUGUUCAAAUGGGAGGUUACUUUUGUGGUGGUACGUUGAUUAGUAACCAAUGGAUCUUGACUGCAGCUCACUGCGCAGAAGGUAUGGUAGCCAGUGAUUUCACCAUCACCCUCGGAAUUCGCCAUUUGUCUGAUAACCAUGAGCAUAAGGAGGUGAGAGGUGCUGACGACGUCAUCAUGCAUCCAAAUUACGGCGCUAUUAAUGGAAUAGCAAAUGAUAUUGCACUUCUUCAUCUAUCCGAACCUGUUGAAUUCACUGAUUAUGUAAGACCAGCUUGUCUAGCUACUCUUCAAAACGAGACGAUGGCGUACAGUCGAUGUUGGAUCGCAGGAUGGGGAACGACGUACUUUGGAGCUGGUUCAGUUUCAUACGACCUUCAAAAGGCACUUGUUCAUCUCAUUAGCGACAACACCUGUAGUUCUCUGUACAGUCAGUACAAUAUUGUAGAAGAAGCAGAAUUAUGCGCUGGUUACAUUGAAGGCGGUGUAGAUUCUUGUCAGGGCGAUAGUGGAGGACCGUUAACUUGUGAGGGUUCUGAUGGUCGUUGGCAUCUGGUAGGAUCUACGAGUUGGGGGAUCGGAUGUGCUGAGCCAAAUUACCCAGGAGUUUAUGCCAGGAUUUCACAGUACACUGACUGGAUCAUGGAUACCAUGGGUUUUGAGGAUAAUCCUGCUGAUGAAUGUUACUUCACCUGCGGAGACGGGACCUGUUUGGAAUCUGAUGAUGUAUGCAAUGGUGUAAAUGACUGUGCAGACUCAUCCGACGAAAAUUCAUGUCAUGAUUCUACCGAUGAAUGUUACUUCACUUGCGGAGAUGGGACGUGUUUGGAAUCUGAUGAUGUAUGCAAUGGUGACAAUGAUUGUGCCGACUUUUCCGACGAAGAUUCAUGUCCCCAAUGCAGUGAUAUCAAUUUCUCAGGAUGUGAAGCAGUACUCUCCUACGAUCGGACUUACUUCCCAAACCCAUCAUCCCAAGACCGUGAUACUGCAAUCAGUUUGAUCGAAGAAACAACCAUCAUGGAAGAAUGUCAUGAAGACUUUCUGCUUCUCUUAUGUGGUAUGCUUUUUGCUGACUGUCCCCAUGGAGGUCCUUCAAGACGCCCUUGUAAGGCACUCUGUGAGGAAGUCACAGAUGCAUGUCGAGUAUCUUACACCAUAUUGAUGGAUAAAGACUGGCCCAUUGAUUGCAACCAAUUAAGUGAUGAAGGGAAUGUUGAAGAGACAUACUGUAAUGGCGGAGAAGGAGAUUUAACGAAUGAAGCUACAUGCGGUACCCGUCCAGCUAUUGAUGAUUACAACUCUAGAAUAGUUGGAGGAGUUGAUGCUGAUCUAGGGGAAUUCCCUUGGAUCGCUACUGUUCAAAUGGGAGGUUACUUUUGUGGUGGUACGUUGAUUAGUAACCAAUGGAUCUUGACUGCAGCUCACUGCGCAGAAGGAAUGGUAGCCAGUGAUUUCACCAUCACCCUCGGAAUUCGCCAUUUGUCUGAUAACCAUGAGCAUAAAGAGGUGAGAGGUGCUGACGACGUCAUCAUGCAUCCAAAUUACGGCGCUAUCAAUGGAUUAUCAAAUGAUAUCGCACUAAUUCAUCUUAACGGGCCUGUAGAAUUCACUGACUUUGUAAGACCAGCUUGCUUAGCUACUCUACAAAACGAGACGAUGGCGUACAGUCGAUGUUGGAUUGCAGGAUGGGGAACCACGUACUUUGGAGCUGGUUCAGUUUCAAACGACCUUCAAAAGGCACUUGUUCAGCUUAUUAGCGACAACACCUGUAGUUCUCUUUACAGUCAGUACAGUAUUGUAGAAGAAGCAGAAUUAUGUGCUGGUUACAUUGAAGGCGGCGUAGAUUCUUGUCAGGGCGACAGUGGAGGGCCGUUAACUUGCCAGGGUUCUGAUGGUCGCUGGCAUCUGGUAGGAUCUACGAGUUGGGGGAUCGGAUGUGCUGAGCCAAAUUACCCAGGAGUUUAUGCCAGGAUUUCAAAAUACACAGAGUGGAUUAAGGAUACCAUGGGUUACGAAGAACCUUCCAUUCCAGAUAAUGAAGAUGACGAAGUUCAGGAAGACGAAACUGAAAUCAGUGUAUUUGGUAUGGGCGAAUCCUUGACAGUGGUCUCCCCAAAUUUUCCUGAUAACUAUACCAAUGGAGCACAAAUGCAAUGGCUUGUAUCUGGUCCAGAAGAAUCCAGAAUAGUGGCCAUUAUUCAUUCCUUUGAGCUUGAACACAAAAACGAUUACUUAUUAAUCGGUUCAGGUCUUGAUCCAAGCGACCGUACUUCAUUACUUGUGAAACUGUCAGGUUCCAGUUUUCCUGAAGAAGUAGUCUCAAGCAACAAUGAGAUGUGGCUUAAUUUCACAUCAGACAGCUCAAUCACAAGAAAAGGAUUCUGGAUAGAAAUCAUGGUGUUUGGUCCCUCCAACAUCACAGAUAAUUUCACAAACAAUGAAGUCAGUUUCUUCGGGCUUGGUGAAUCAUUGACCAUCGUAUCACCAAAUUACCCUGACAAGUAUCCAAAUGAUGUUGCUAUGAUCUGGCUUGUGUCUGGACCAGAAGAUUUUCAGGUUGUAGCCAAGUUUUACGCCUUCGACCUGGAAUUACGCCAUGACGUCCUUAGUAUUGGUUGGGGUCUAGAUGCCAGUGAUCAGUCAUCAGAGCUGAUAAGACGUUCAGGUUCUAAUCUACCUGAAGAUGUAGUUUCCAUCAACAAUGAAAUGUGGCUAAACUUUACUUCAGAUUCUAGCGUCAGGGACGAAGGAUUUUGGAUUGAGAUCACAGUUUUUGGACAAGAUAAUUUUACAGAUGCAGUAAAUGGGAGUGAAGUCAGCACAUUUGGCUACGACGAAUCUUUGACCAUUGUUUCACCUAAUUAUCCGAAUAAAUAUCCCAACGAUGUGAACCUACAAUGGCUUGUUUCUGGACCAGUUGACUACCAAAUAGUGGCUUUCUUCCACGCCUUUAAUCUAGAAGCCGGACAUGACUUCCUCGUAGUCGGUUCUGGGUUGGAUCCGGGGAUCCAGUCAUCGCAGUUAUUCAAAUUAUCCGGCUCGUCAUUACCUGAAGAAGUUAUUUCUGAUAAUAAUGAAAUGUGGCUCAACUUUACAUCAGACAGCUCAAAUAGAUGGACUGGAUUUUGGAUUGAAAUCAAGGUCUAUGAAGCUGGUAAUCCUACUGAUGACUGUGACUUCAUGUGCGGAGAUGGGACCUGUUUGAAAUCUGAUGAUGUAUGUAAUGGUGAAAACGACUGCUCGGAUUUCUCUGACGAAGAUUUAUGCCCUGAGUGUAGCGAUCUUCAAUAUUCAACCUGUGAAGCAGUACUCUCCUACGAUCGGACUUACUUCCCAAACCCAUCAGCCCAAGACCGUGAUACUGCAAUCAGUUUGAUUGAAGGAACGAGCAUCAUGGAAGAAUGCCAUGAAGACUUUCUGCUUCUCUUCUGUGGUAUGCUUUUUGCUGACUGUCCCCAUGGAGGUCCUUCAAGACGCCCUUGUAAGGCACUCUGUGAGGAAGUCACAGAUGCAUGUCGAGUAUCUUACACCAUAUUGAUGGAUAAAGACUGGCCCAUUGAUUGCAAUCAAUUAAGUGAUGAAGGGAAUGUUGAAGAGACAUACUGUAAUGGCGGAGAAGGGGAUUUAACGAAUGAAGCUACAUGUGGUACCCGACCCGCUGUUGAUGAUUACCACUCUAGAAUAGUUGGAGGAGUUGAUGCUGAUCUAGGGGAAUUCCCUUGGAUUGCUACUGUUCAAAUGGGAGGUUUCUUUUGUGGUGGUACGUUGAUUAGUAACCAAUGGGUCUUGACUGCAGCUCACUGCGCAGAAGGAAUGGUAGCCAGUGAUUUCACCAUCACCCUCGGAAUUCGCCAUUUGUCUGAUAACCAUGAGCAUAAGGAGGUGAGAGGUGCUGACGACGUCAUCAUGCAUCCAAAUUACGGCGCUAUUAAUGGAAUAGCAAAUGAUAUUGCACUUCUUCAUCUAUCCGAACCUGUUGAAUUCACUGAUUAUGUAAGACCAGCUUGUCUAGCUACUCUUCAAAACGAGACGAUGGCGUACAGUCGAUGUUGGAUCGCAGGAUGGGGAACGACGUACUUUGGAGCUGGUUCAGUUUCAUACGACCUUCAAAAGGCACUUGUUCAUCUUAUUAGCGACAACACCUGUAGUUCUCUGUACAGUCAGUACAAUAUUGUAGAAGAAGCAGAAUUAUGCGCUGGUUACAUUGAAGGCGGUGUAGAUUCUUGUCAGGGCGACAGUGGAGGACCGUUAACUUGUCAGGGUUCUGAUGGUCGCUGGCAUCUGGUAGGAUCUACGAGUUGGGGUGUCGGGUGUGCUGAGCCAAAUUACCCAGGAGUUUAUGCCAGGAUUUCACAGUACACUGACUGGAUCAUGGAUACCAUGGGUUUUGAGGAUAAUCCUGCUGAUGAAUGUUACUUCACUUGCGGAGACGGGACCUGUUUGGAAUCUGAUGAUGUAUGCAAUGGUGUAAAUGACUGUGCAGACUCAUCCGACGAAAAUUCAUGUCAUGAUUCUACCGAUGAAUGUUACUUCACUUGCGGAGAUGGGACGUGUUUGGAAUCCGAUAAUGUAUGCAAUGGUGAAAAUGAUUGUGCCGACUUUUCCGACGAAGAUUUAUGUCCCCAAUGCAGUGAUAUCAAUUUCUCACGAUGUGAAGCAGUACUCUCCUACGAUCGGACUUACUUCCCAAACCCAUCAGCCCAAGACCGUGAUACUGCAAUCAGUUUGCUCGAAGAAACAACCAUCGUGGAAGAAUGUCAUGAAGACUUUCUGCUUCUUUUGUGUGGUAUGCUUUUUGCUGACUGUCCCCAUGGAGGUCCUUCAAGACGCCCUUGUAAGGCACUCUGUGAGGAAGUCACAGAUGCAUGUCGAGUAUCUUACACCAUAUUGAUGGAUAAAGACUGGCCCAUUGAUUGCAACCAAUUAAGUGAUGAAGGGAAUGUUGAAGAGACCUACUGUAAUGGCGGAGAAGGAGAUUUAACGAAUGAAGCUACAUGCGGUACCCGUCCAGCUAUUGAUGAUUACAACUCUAGAAUAGUUGGAGGAGUUGAUGCUGAUCUAGGGGAAUUCCCUUGGAUCGCUACUGUUCAAAUGGGAGGUUACUUUUGUGGUGGUACGUUGAUUAGUAACCAAUGGAUCUUGACUGCAGCUCACUGCGCAGAAGGAAUGGUAGCCAGUGAUUUCACCAUUACCCUCGGAAUUCGCCAUUUGUCUGAUAACCAUGAGCAUAAAGAGGUGAGAGGUGCUGACGACGUCAUCAUGCAUCCAAAUUACGGCGCUAUCAAUGGAUUAUCAAAUGAUAUCGCACUAAUUCAUCUUAACGGGCCUGUAGAAUUCACUGACUAUGUAAGACCAGCUUGCUUAGCUACUCUACAAAACGAGACGAUGGCGUACAGUCGAUGUUGGAUUGCAGGAUGGGGAACCACGUACUUUGGAGCUGGUUCAGUUUCAAACGACCUUCAAAAGGCACUUGUUCAGCUUAUUAGCGACAACACCUGUAGUUCUCUUUACAGUCAGUACAGUAUUGUAGAAGAAGCAGAAUUAUGUGCUGGUUACAUUGAAGGCGGUGUAGAUUCUUGUCAGGGCGACAGUGGAGGACCGUUAACUUGUCAGGGUUCUGAUGGUCGUUGGCAUCUGGUAGGAUCUACGAGUUGGGGGAUCGGAUGUGCUGAGCCAAAUUACCCAGGAGUUUAUGCCAGGAUUUCAAAAUACACAGAGUGGAUUAAGGAUACCAUGGGAUACGAAGGUGAGGUUUCUAUUCACAAUGUUGAACUUCGUUAAGGAACCCUCCCCUUGUUUGAGUUUUAGUUGGCAGGAAUUAAUCAGAAUUCAACCAAUACAGUGAUAUUUCAAAAUGCAGGGAACAAUCGGGAGGGAACUACAAAAAGCUAUAUUGCUUUUUAUUUACCCAAGCUCUUUGAAUCCUCUGAAUCGUUUGAAAAUAACUAACUUCCCGGCUAACUUCCCGUAUCAUUUGGCAAUGUUUUGAGGGUGCAUGUAAUUUUUGUUCUGCCUCUAAUACAAUCUAAUUGUUCUAUUGAAUGUCUAAGAGAACUAUGUGAUGAACAAUUUGCUUCACUGUUUGAUACAUCGAUUCGAGAAUAAUAAGAGAAGACUUGACUCCAAGAAAUAUUGAAUCAUUAUGGAUCAAUAUUCUAUUGCCUCGUACAAAGCCCAUUACACUUGGUGCUCUUUACAGACCCCCUAAAGAUAAUAAUUUAAUUGAAUCACUCUCUGACACUUUAGAAAAAUUUAAAAAAGAUGAUGAGAUUAUUGUGUUGGGGGACAUGAAUAUUUGCCUUUCGAAAAAGUCUCCUUUAUCCAAGAAAUAUGAGAAUUUACUUAAUCUAAGUGGUUUAAGCCAACUUGUAAAGCUGCCCACACGUACAACUCAGACAUCUUCCUCCCUGAUAGAUCACAUAUUAUGUAGUAAAGAAGAGCAUAUUAGUCAAAGUGGUGUUAUUGACCUAGGUAUAAGUGAUCAUUUAUUGAUUUAUUGUUCAAGAAAGAUUGUCAGGCCCGUAUUUGGGCACCACAGAACUGUGUCCAUCAGGAGCUUAAAAGGUUAUAAUGUAGAUAAUUUCAACUUAAAUUUAUCCCGAUCAGACUGGUCCAAGGUAACUGAAUGUAAAGAUGUAAAUAUGGCUUGGGCAAAUUUUGAAUCUAUAUUCUUGUCAAUUAUAGAUAUGAGCGCACCUCUGAAAGAGGUAAGAAUUAAGCAAUCAACUGAAAAAUGGAUGAACCAUGAAAUUAUUGUUUUAAUUAAAGAGAGAAAUGUAGCUUACAAAAAUAUGAAAAGGAAUAUUGGCAAUUUAGACCUUGAAAGGAAAUAUAAAGUUUUAAGGAAUUUAGUUCAAAGGAAGGUAAGAAGUGCCAAAACCGAAUACUUUCAAGAACAAAUCGAAGAAAACAAAAAUGACUCUAGAAAAUUGUGGAAGAAUUUGAAAGGUUUAGGUCUAAAAAGUAAAGGGAAAUCUGAUAAAAAAACGGUUAUUAAUGUGCAAGGUGAAUUAAGUCACGAUAAGGCUAUAAUUGCUACAAAUGAGUUUAAUCGUUAUUAUACAACUGUGGCCGACAAGUUAGUUUGUAAAUUACCAGUAAAUACAACAAAAUUUCAUGCAGAAAGUGACCAAUUUCAAAAGUUUUAUGAAGAAAAGGGUAUUUCAAAAGGUAGUUUUCAUUUUUCCCCCGUUACAGAAAAAUUUGUUUUAGAUGAACUAAAUAGGUUGAAAAUAUCAAAAAGUACUGGUUUAGAUAUGAUACCUGCAAGAUUUGUUAAAGAUGGGGCAAGAAAUUUGUACAAACCUUUGAAUUAUGUUAUUAAUUUAUCUCUUAUGUCUUCUACCUUUCCUAAUGAUAUGAAAUUCGCAAAAGUUACCCCGCUACAUAAAAAGAAAGAUAAAACUGACGUUAGUAAUUAUAGGCCAAUAAGUGUAUUAAGUGUAGUGUCGAAGAUUUUGGAAAAAUCUGUUCAUGCUCAAGUGGAGAAAUACUUCCAAGAAACCAAGCUAAUAUAUAAAUUUCAGUCCGGCUUUCGUAACGGAUAUUCCACUGAAACUUGUUUAAUACAUUUAACAGAUUUUAUCAGGAAUGAAAUUUCACAUGGGCGCAUGGUUGGAAUGGUUCUCCUAGACUUACAAAAAGCCUUUGAUACUGUAAAUCAUAGCAUACUUUAAAAAAAAUUAGAAGUGAUGGGUUUAGACUCUGCAUGUGUGACAUGGUUUAGAUCAUAUUUAUCUAACCGUCAUCAGGUAGUUACCAUGCAGACGGUUCUUUCUGAUUCACUGCCUAUUAAAUGCGGAGUCCCUCAAGGAAGCAUUUUAGGCCCCAUUCUUUUUAUGUCUUACAUCAAUGAUAUGUGUACUUGUAUUAACGAAUCUAAAUUAAUUUUAUAUGCUGAUGAUAGUGUCUUGCUAUAUUCAGAUACAAAUCCCAAGAUAAUUGAUAAAAAACUUAGUGCAGAUUUGGCUAAUUGCAUCGAAUGGAUGUCUGACAACAAGCUUAGUUUACACGUUGGGAAAACGGAAAGCAUUUUAUUUUGUUCGAAACGAAAGUUAAGAUAUACACACGAUUUCAAGGUUUCAUAUAAUAAUCAGGUAAUUGAAAGAAAAGAUUCAGUAAGAUAUUUGGAAUUUAAUUUAACAAGUAACCUAUCAUGGACGGGUUUGGUAGACUCAAUCGCCAAAAAGGCAAAUUCACGCUUGAAAUUUUUGUAUAGAUAUCAAACCUGUUUGAAUAUGAAGUCUAGACGUAUUUUAUGCUUUGCUUUAAUACAAUGUUUAUUCGACUAUGCUAAUGCGGCUUGGUACGGUAGUCUGGGUGUUACGGAUAAGAAAAAGCUAAGAAUAAUUCAAAAUAAAAUUGUGAGAUAUAUAAAUGUUUUAGGACCAAGAGCACAUGUCGGAUAUAAUGAACUUGAAAAGGCAGGAUUGCUUCAUGUAGAUCACAGGUCACAACAAUUAGUAUUACGCCACGUGCAUAAAAUAUUCUA